AUCAGAUCCCAUUCCCAGUUUGGUGAUCUCUGCCAGAGAGCUACUGCUGCUUCGUGCUGUCCCAGCUGGACACUGGGCAACUAUAUUGCUAUCCUCAACAACAGGUCAUCGUGUCAAAAAAUUGUUGAACGAGAUGUCUCUCACACCCUAAAGCUGCUUCGCACAUGUGCCAAAUACUACUACAACGGAACCCUGGGGCCGGACUGCUGGGAUAUGAAUGCCAAAAGGAAGGAUCAACUCAAGUGUACAAAUGUGCCUCGCAAAUGUACCAAGUACAAUGCUGUUUACCAGAUCCUUCACUAUCUAGUGGACAAGGAUUUUCUAAGCCCAAAGACAGCUGACUACGUCUUACCAGCUUUAAAAUACAGCAUGCUCUUCUCUCCCACUGAGAAAGGGGAAAGCAUGAUGAGUAUUUACUUAGAUAACUUUGAGAACUGGAACGCUUCUGAUGGUGUAACAACCAUCACAGGGAUUGAGUUUGGAAUAAAACAUCGAUUGUUUCAAGAUUACCUGUUGAUGGAUACUGUGUAUCCUGCCAUAGCCAUUGUAAUUGUUUUAUUAGUUAUGUGUGUAUACACGAAAUCCAUGUUUAUCACGCUGAUGACUAUGUUUGCAAUAAUUAGUUCCUUGAUUAUUUCUUAUUUUCUCUAUCGGGUAGUAUUUAAUUUUGAGUUCUUUCCAUUCAUGAAUCUCACGGCAUUGAUUAUUCUUGUUGGGAUUGGAGCAGAUGAUGCUUUUGUCUUAUGCGACGUUUGGAACUACACAAAAUUUGAUAAACCUCAUGCUGGAACCUCCGAGACGGUGAGCAUCACGUUGCAGCACGCUGCUCUUUCCAUGUUUGUCACGAGUUUUACUACCGCUGCUGCCUUCUAUGCUAAUUAUGUCAGCAAUAUCACAGCAAUCAGGUGUUUUGGUGUUUAUGCCGGCACUGCCAUUUUGGUGAAUUAUGUUUUGAUGGUUACUUGGCUACCUGCUGUAGUUGUAUUACAUGAACGGUAUCUUCUCAAUAUUUUCAGUUGCUUUAAGAAACCUCAGCAGAGGGUAUACAACAACAAAAACUGCUGGACAGUGUUGUGCCAAAUGUUCCACAAGAUUAUUUUUGCAGUCUCAGAAGCAUCCAGGAUAUUUUUUGAAAAAGUUUUGCCAUGCAUUGUUAUCAAAUUUCGAUACAUUUGGCUUUUCUGGUUCCUUGCCUUAACAGUUGGUGGAGCAUAUAUCGUGUGUGUAAAUCCAAAGAUGAAAUUGCCAUCAUUGGAGCUCUCUGAGUUUCAAGUAUUUAGGUCUUCUCACCCAUUUGAACGGUACGAUGCAGAAUACAAAAAGCUUUUUAUGUUUGAACGUGUCCACCAUGGAGAAGAGCUCCACAUGCCAAUUACAGUAAUCUGGGGUGUGACACCUGAGGAUAAUGGUGACCCUUUAAACCCUAAAAGUAAAGGAAAGCUGCAGCUGGAUAGCAGUUUUAAUAUCGCUAGCCCAGCUUCACAAGUUUGGAUUUUACGUUUCUGUCAGAAGCUAAGAAAUCAGACAUUUUAUUAUCAGACUGAAGAACAAGACUUCACGAGCUGCUUCAUUGAAACAUUUAAGCAGUGGAUGGAAAAUCAAGACUGUGAUGAGCCAUCUCUUUACCCCUGCUGCAGCCACUUGAGCUUUCCGUACAGACAGGAAGUUUUUGAAUUGUGCAUCAAGAGAGCUAUAAUGGAGCUAGAAAGAAGCACAGGGUACCAUUUAGAUAGUAAAACCCCAGGGCCUCGCUUUGACCUAAAUGACACCAUCAGAGCAGUGGUGUUGGAGUUCCAAAGCACCUACCUCUUCACACUGGCCUAUGAAAAAAUGCAUCAGUUCUACAAAGAGGUGGACUCAUGGAUUUCAAGUGAGCUUAGUUCUGCUCCUGAAGGCCUUAGCAAUGGUUGGUUUGUGAGUAACCUUGAAUUUUAUGAUCUUCAGGACAGUCUUUCUGAUGGUACUCUGAUUGCCAUGGGUCUUUCAGUUGCUGUUGCAUUUAGUGUAAUGCUUCUUACAACUUGGAAUAUAAUUAUAAGCCUUUAUGCAAUAGUUUCAAUAGCUGGAACUAUUUUUGUCACUGUAGGUUCUCUAGUUCUUCUUGGAUGGGAACUGAACGUGUUAGAAUCUGUCACGAUUUCAGUGGCUGUUGGCUUAUCUGUAGACUUUGCUGUUCAUUACGGAGUGGCUUAUCGCUUAGCCCCUGACCCUGACCGAGAGGGAAAAGUCAUUUUUUCUUUAAGCCGUAUGGGUUCUGCGAUUGCAAUGGCUGCACUGACUACGUUUGUAGCUGGAGCAAUGAUGAUGCCCUCUACAGUGUUGGCGUACACGCAGCUUGGCACUUUUAUGAUGCUUAUAAUGUGCAUUAGUUGGGCUUUCGCAACGUUCUUCUUUCAGUGCAUGUGCCGGUGCCUCGGACCCCAGGGCACUUGUGGCCAGAUCCCACUACCAAAAAAAUUGCAGUGUAAUGCCUUCUCUCAUACCUUUUCAGGAGCCCAGGGAAGUAGAGGUCAAAAUAAACCACAUCCUGUUAGCAAGUAUCAGCUGGACUCCAGAAGUCAAAAACCAGAAAUGGAGCACGAGCACUAUGAGCUUGAGCCUCUGGCCUCACAGACGGGUAUUUGUAACCCUGCAGAGAAAGUGACUUACGAAGAAACUCGUAUCUGCUCCGAGCUCUUUGGCAGCAGGCCCCCAAACACAUGUAUGCCUGUGCAUUCAGCCUAUACUAGCGAAGUGAGUAAAAGCGUAAAAAAUGUUGCUAGUUCAGCUGUGCUACAGACAGCUAUCGACCAACAUACCAUCUGCCCAAUUUUCUCACAAAACAGGCAGUGUAGCUGUCCUGAUGCAUAUAAGCAAGUGGCAGUGAAGUGGAGUCCACACUCAUGUCAGCAGUUAAGCGACACCUUCUGUUACCAGUGUUCUCCUUCACCGGGAACCAUCCAGAUCCAAAACUCUGUAGCCCCUAUAAAUGCUUUACAGCAAGCUGCCGAAGGUUACGUGCACCCAGUCCAGCACAUCCUCCACUGCAGUUGCCUUCAAGGAAGGCUCAAAAGAACGAUGACGCAGAACUCUCUGCCUAAAAAUUUUUUCCUCCAGUCCGUGCAACAGUUUCAGGCACAUCAAAGAAUAAAUAGGACAGACUCGCACGCUCAUCAGAACCCAGAGGAAAACAUAAGGACUGUUCCAAAGGUGAUGAGCUCCUCGCAGUUUCUCUGCCGAAAUGCAGGACCUCUGAUAGUGCGUUGCUCUGAAUGUGAGAACAGUGUAUCAAAUAACCAAAAGGGAUUCUGUCAGCAGACAGGCAAGUGUGAUGAGAAGGGUGGCAUAGAAGCAAACGGGGUUGAAAACAAGAAAGCCUCUCUGUCAAAGCAGAAAAGGAAAGCUGAGAGCAAGGUAGAACACCCUUCUUUGCAAAAUGACCACGUUUUGAAGGCUGACCAAAAUGAUAAAAAAUAUCUGCUGAAUAGGUCGGUGAGAGAGGCUCGCUACGAGGGUUGCUGUGAAAAUUCACACUGUUGUAGCAAGGCUAUCGCAGUGAAGUGCAAUUCUGUUGACUGUCAAAUGCCAAACAUUGAAGCCAAUGUGCCUCCUAUGUUAAUGCGCCCAGAACUUUCUAAUGAAAGUUUGUUAAUAAAAACACUAUAG